GUCAUUAAUCCGCUGUGUAAAAUAUAUGAUAUUUGUUUGUUUACUUGUGAUUUUUUUCGACGUCUAAACCACAGAAGGGCACAUAAUAUAACGAAUCUUCCAAUGCAAUGCAUUUUGUAUUGCCCACAGCUGUCGUAUCUUGUGGAAUAUAUUCGAAAAGCUUAGAACUUCUACCUCGAAACUAUAAACAUGAAAACGGAUAAUGAGCUUGAAGGCAUCAAAACGAUCAAAACAGAAACUCCACUGAAAGUUGAAAACAGCAGCAAUCGCUCAGAUGUGAGAGAAGUGAAACAUGAGCAAACCGAUCAGGAGACUACAAGCCAGUUAGUUUUAGUUACAUCUGCAGAGAGUAACAACAAAGUUUCGGAACUUAUUACCAACUACUCGAUACCGUUGGUAAAGGAAGAGGAACCGGAUCAGAGUGCCAACCGGCCGCACAAAUGUGAUAUCUGUGGUAAAGGUUUCAACAAAACGAAUAAUCUAACGCAACACAAACGCAUCCACAACGGCGAACGCCCGCACAUUUGUGAAAUUUGUGGUAAGGGUUUUUUUGAGAAUGUGCAUCUGAAGCGCCAUUACCGUUCUCACACGCGCGAAAGGCGCCACGAAUGCGACAUUUGUAAUAAAAAGUUUAUAGAAAGAAGCCACUUAACGCAGCAUAAACGCCGGCACAGCGAUGAUCGUCCUCACCGGUGUCACGUAUGUGGCAAGGGUUACAUCGAGAAGGCGCACCUCAUAAUACACAUGCGAAUCCAUACGAACGAACGACCGUACAAGUGUGAAAUUUGUGCGAAGGAUUUUCUCACCAGCAGCCACCUGAAGCAGCACGAGUUGUUCCACUUUGGCGAGCGAUCCCAUCGGUGCGAUAUUUGCGGCAAGGAUUUUCUCAAAACGAACGAUCUCACCAAGCAUAAGCGUAUUCAUUCGGCGGAGAAACCGUACAAGUGUGAGACCUGUGGAAAACUAUUCAGCAACAAUAGCAAUUUUCGACAGCAUCAACGAAUUCAUACGGGUGAACGACCCCACAAGUGCGAUCAGUGUGGCAAAGCGUUCUUUCGCAGCCACCACCUUUUCGAGCAUGUGUUAACGCAUAAUAAAUGAGGUUUUUUUAGUUUUCGGAUUUAA